AUCUGCAUUCAUACGCAGAUAUCUGCUCAUUCUCAGGCACCAGCAGUGACCUGUUUUCAUAACGUUGGUCGCAUUAAUUGUAUCCAUUACGGUAUUUAAUGCAUGACUUCGAAACAGAUUAACCAGAGCAGACUGUAGGCUGUCUUUCAGUGAAAGUCCACUCUAUGUAAAUGAAUUUCUAUGUGCGCUCAGCCGAACUUGUCAUCGGGGUCAAACAGCCGUCAAAACGUUUUCAGGAAGCAGCAGAGAGGGGGAGUCCACCAGACAAUUGUUGUUCUUGUCGCUUCCUGCGUAUCCUCUCCUUGUCUGACAGUCUGGUCAGCCGACCAGCGGAGCGUUUUCUCGGCGUAGGUUGAAGUCUCUUCACCGGCGGAUGAAUGGCAAUGACGGCAGCGAGAGCGGUGGCAGCGGGGGGCCCGGCGUCUUUGUCCCGGUUUAGGGGAGCGCUGGUCGCGGCUGUGCUGGGAGAUUGUGUCGGGGGAGAGUUUGAAGGAGCGGAGGAGGUUCCCAUGGAGAGUGUGCUGCAGCAUCUGAGCAGCCUGGACGACGAGACCAAAGGGAAUGGUAUUCUCGAGUACAGUGACGACACGGCAAUGGCGCGUUGUGUGGUCCAGUCUCUACUCACCCGAACCGGCUUUGACGAGCAGGACAUGGCUCGCAGGUUUGCCAAGGAGUACAGUACGUCCCCAGGUCGUGGUUAUGGUUCUGGAGUGAUCCAGGUGUUGAAGAAGCUGUCCUCCCCUCAGCUCAGUGAUGUGUUCCAGCCAGCCAGGGACCAGUUCAAUGGUCGAGGCUCCUUUGGGAACGGAGGAGCCAUGAGGGCGGCCCCCUUCGCACUGGCUUUUCCCGAUCCUGUUGAUGUUAAAAGGUUCGCCCGUCUGGGUGCCAUGCUGACCCACUCCUGCUCUCUGGGUUAUAAUGGGGCAGUGCUGCAGGCAUUAGCUGUGCACCUCUCCCUGCAAGGGGCGUUAGACCUGCCCCAGCAGUUUAUCAGCAGACUAAUUACAGAGAUGGAGGAAGUUGAGGGCGACGAGGCUGCACGCAAUGAUGCCAGAAUCCUAAAGGAAGCAGAGAAACCGUUCUGUGAGCGCCUCCACAGAGUGAGAGACCUGAUGGACAGGAGCAAGGUCAGCAUAGAGGAGGUCAUUUCUGAACUGGGUAAUGGCAUUGCGGCGCUCCACUCAGUCCCCACUGCCAUCUUCUGCGUCCUCCACUGCCUGCAGCCCAGAGAAUGUCUUCCAGAGAGCUACGGCGGCCUGGAGAGGACAAUAGCAUACAGCCUGGCCCUGGGAGGGGACACAGACACCAUAGCCUGCAUGGCAGGGGCCAUCGCUGGGGCCCACUAUGGCAUCGAGGCUAUUCCUCAGAUGUGGAUAAAGUGCUGCGAGGGUGCAGAGGAUGCAGACAUGAACGCAGAGCGGCUUCACAUGCUGUACCACCAGUCAUCACAGGGAGGCAGCAGUGGGACAGGGGAGCAGAGCAGCGAAGACGCAUCUGAAUGCCGGUCAAAUGCUUCUAACGGCACAGAGAAGAAAACUGGGGAUUAGCGAGUCUUCAACUGGAGUUUGGCGAAAGGACUCUUGAA